AUGGCGCUCACCACUCCUUCGCCAGAAGUUAGUCCCGUGUCAGCGGCCACCACCAAUGGACAGUUUCCGUCUCUCUCUUUACCGGACGCGAGCAACUUCGUACUAAAAUCCGCGCUCAAGUCUCCGCAUCUCCUCGAUUCUCCGAAUCCCUUCAGCUCGAGCAACGGCUUCCUAAAUGGUGCCUUCAAGAAGAGACCCCGCAACAUGUCUCAGUCAUCUGGCACGGAUACGGAUAAUCAACCCAGCGGCAUUCCGCCGACAAGCAACGGCACCGAGCCGCGCUCGAGCAACAAGAAACGUCCCAGCACAGAUACCAUAGACUACCCGCGCCGACGCGCGACCAUUGCGUGCGAAAUCUGCCGGUCCAGGAAGUCUCGCUGCGAUGGGACCAGGCCGAAGUGCCGACUCUGCACCGAGCUGAACGCAGAGUGCAUCUACCGAGAGCCAGGCAUCAAGCUGGAUGCGGGCGACAAGCUGAUUCUCGAGCAUCUGAACCGCAUCGAGGGCCUCCUCCAGAACAACCUCGCGAAUGGCUUCAGUCUGGGGACACAUUCACCGGCCGCGAGUAAUUCCACCAGUGACGAUUUUCUCGCUCGUAGCACCGGCAAUAUGGCUGCUUUGAGCAUGGUGCAGCCAAUCAACGGCAUUGGCACGUGGAACAGCGCCCCUUCAAACAUCUCCACCAUGCCAAAGACGCAUACGACGGCAGCCUUGAAUCUGCUCCAGUCGCCAAUGAUACGCGAGUUGGUCUCGAGGCCGUACGAUCCCAAGAUCUUGCUCCAGCUUGAGAUGAGCCGGGAGUCGCUGUGCCUCGGCGCUUCCCUAGGCGUCGACUUGGCCAACACCGGUGCCUACGUCCAAGCCUUUUUCGAGCGCGUCAACGUCUUCUACGCAUGCCUGAAUCCGUACACAUGGACCAGCUACUACCAGACGGCGCUCUCACAUGGCUUCAGGGAGGGACCGGAGAGUUGCAUUGUGCUGCUUGUGCUUGCGCUUGGCCAUGCGGGGAGCAUGGGAAGCAUCUCGCAGCAGCCUCCAGAUAAAGAUCCGCCAGGGUUGGCAUACUUCGCUGCGGCUUGGUCCCUGCUACCAGGCCUGAUGACCAGGAACAACAUGCUGGCCGCUCAGUGCCAGAUCCUGGCCGCCGCCUAUCUGGUGUACCUCGUUCGGCCAGUAGAAGCCUGGAAUGUGUUGUCGGGCGCAAGCAUGAAAUUGCAGCUCCUUCUGAGCGCCCCUGGGAGAGUCUCUCCUGCGGAGGAGGAACUGAGCAAGAGGGUAUAUUGGAACGCGCUGAUGAUCGAAAGCGACCUUCUUGCAGAGCUAGAUCUGCCGCACUCCGGUAUCGAACAGUUCGAGGAUACCUUCACGUUACCCACUGGUUUUGAAGAUAUAGGAACGGAACCAGUUGGAAGGGACGAGCUAUGGUACUUCCUCGCGGAGAUUGCUCUACGGAGACUACUCAACCGAGUGAGUUCCAUGCUCUACCAGAGGACCUCGCCAUACAGCAAGUCUCCCGCGGCAACAUCGAUUGCGCAGUUGGAUCCACUAGUUCUUGAGUUGGACUACCAGCUGAACCAGUGGUAUGCGGGUCUUCCGCCAGCUAUGCAGUUCCCGCUCGACAGAGUCCCACUACAAAACCCGGUCCAGACCGUGCUUCGACUUCGAUAUUUCGCAUGCCGCACAAUAAUCUUCCGGCCAUACAUCCUUCUAGUGCUCCAGGAUGAGAGCCUUGCGAUGGACUCUGGGGUGCAGGAGAACUGCCACAAGUGCUUGGAAGCUUGCAUACGCCAGCUGGAAUACAUCACAGCGCAUCACGCUGGCCACCUUCCCUAUCUCUUCCAGGGAGCUCUCUCCAUCAUCUCGCAGACGCUUCUCGUCAUGGGCGCAACAAUGUGCCCCUCCCUCUCCGCACUGCUCCCACCUCCCGCAACCAUGGACGAUAUCAUCAACAAUGUCAUCCACGAAAUGGAACGUCUCGCGCAUCUAGCGCCCAGCCUCCGCCUCUCGGCUGAGCUCAUACGAGAGGCCGAGAGCAAAAGGCAGAUGUGGCUACGCACUGCCGGCCUUAAGUUUGAGUCCUGA